AUGGGGGCUGCUGACCCCGAAUUCACGUACAGCGUGCAAGUGGAUGACGAAAGCAGGAUCAAGAAGCUACUCUGGACAACUGAAAAGGGAGGAUACAGGGUGCUGCUGCGUGAAGUGAAAGUGGAAAAGUUUGAACGGGUCUUCAGGGAGUUUGUUAAGAUGAUGAGUGGGAAAAACCCAGUGACCAUAUUGACAGAUCAGUGCAGAGCGAUGGAGCAUGUGUUAAGGAAAACCAAGGAGAGGCUAGGUGCCCUGUAUGGGAAGAACAACCAGUUCAAGGUUGAUUUCCACCGGAUUAUGAAUCAGAUGCUCACAAAGGAGGAGUUCGAGGGUGCAUGGAUUCAGAUGCUAAGGACAAAUGGGCAAAGCCUUACUUCAGUGGAAUUCUGUGCGAGGAUGACCAGUACUCAACAAAGCGAAAGUGUGAACCACAUGUUGAAGACAUACGUGCCCCCUGGCUCGGCAAUGCACGUGUUUGUAAAACAAUUUAACAAACUGCUGUACGACCGGGAUGCAGAAGAGAGCUUCCAGGAGAAGAGGACUCGUCUGGGUGGAGUGGUUUACAAAGUUGGCGAACCCAUGGAGAAGCACACCGCAAACAUAUAUACCCGAACUAUGUUCGAGAAGUUCCAGGAAGUCAUGUAUAAGUCUGGGUCAUACUACGUCGACGAAUUGGUGCCAGGAGAGAUAUACGUGGCAAAAAAAUUCAAUAGCGAGAGCCUAGAGAAGUGGUGCAAGGUGGAGUACAAGGUGUCGGUCAAGGAUGGCUAUUAUGCGUGCGAGUGUGGUAUGUACGAGCACAUGGGGAUGCUCUGCUGCCAUGUUGUUAAGGUACUAGUCCACCUCAGGUGCACAGAGAUCCCUGCCCCACAUGUGAUGAAGAGAUGGACAGUGGACGCGCGGGAUGUUUUGCCGCUCCACCUGGUGCAGUACCAGAAGGACCAGGGGUUGAUGACAUCUUUCAGCUUCAGGCAUUCGCAGCUAUACCUCAACUGCAUGGAGGUGGUGAGGAUAGGGGAUGUAAACGUUGAUACCUACACCACGGCAAUGGAGUGCAUAAAGGUCCUGGUGCCGAAGCUUAAGCUUAUCGCGGUCGAGAUGGAUGGCUUAGGGCUAGAGCAGAGGCUCAGCGCGAAGAAAGCUCGAGUGGAUAUUGGUCCUGCUCAAUUACUCGUGGAGCAAACCGCCGGUUCGAAGGACUGCGGUGUAGCAAUCAUCCUGGACGCAGCCCUUAUAGCGCCAUCGAAGAACAGAAGCGGCAGCAGGCCAACAACUAGCCGGGACAAGCCGCCGUACGAGACAACCUCGAAAAGGACAAGAUUCUGCACUAUCUGCGGGCAGUCGGGGAACUACGUGCCCCGAUCGCCCACCAGGAGCUGCGAAGCCUUGGAAGGAGGCAAAAUGCUCGAACUACGGUCUGCCAGGACACCGUAA